AUGGGGUUCAUAAGAGCUUUAGAGGAAAUCGGGAAUCUCAUUGGAAGGCAGGCUCAAGAGAAAGCUGCCACUGUUGCUCAGGCUGCUGAGGCCAUCGUUACUGUCGCUAAUGGGGCUAAUGGGAACCAUGGUAAUCAUGGAAAUAGAAAUCGCCAGAUGCACCAAUUGGUGAAGCAAUUCUUAAAGCUAAAGCCGAUCAAGUUUGAAGGGAAAGGAGAUCCCGAAGCUGCCACCCGUUGGGUUGAGGAAUUAGAAAAGGCUUUUGAACUUUUGGGGUGCACGGAGGAGGAAAAGGUGACCUUAGCGGUCUAUCAACUUCAAGGGAAUGCAAGUGAUUGGUGGAAGGCCACCCGAGGUAGUAUCUUUUCAGAAGGCAUGGGCCCGAACUGGAACACCUUUGUUGAAGCUUUCAACGGGAAGUAUUUCUCUAAAAGUGCACAAGAGCAGAAGAUGGUAGAGUUUCUACGGCUUCACCAGAAUCAAAUGAUAGUGGAUCAGUACGAGACGGAAUUUGCAAGGCUGCCUAAGUUUGUGCCGAGAAUGGUUGAGAAUCUUUUGGAUAAGGCAAGGAGGUUCUGGGAUGGUCUAAAACCGGAGCUCCGUAGUCAGUUGAUUCUGUUGAACUUGAGGGAUUAUAACGAGCUUUACGAGCGGGCUCAGAUGGUUGAACGAGACAUGACAAAAGGGGCUGCUGCUUCUAGAUCGUGA